AUGAAGAAACCUCAAAGAUUGGCUGAUGGAGCACUUCGCUGUCUGGGUCUUCUCUUGUUGGUUUCUUCUCUGGAGUCAACACAGUUCGAGAAGGCCAUCUACCAUUAUCUACCCGAGAAAAGUCUUUCAUAUUGCUCUCGAAAACUGAAUGCCUCACAUCAGAUAGGCUGUUCCAGCAAACUUGGUGGUUCAGUCGGUGUACUCUGGAUAGCGAAUCAGAGUGAUGAAGUUUCUCAAAUUGUCUCAAAGUCGGAAAAUAUCGUAUUGGCUGUUGAUUUACAUCUUUUUACCAACACAUCUCUUAUGCACGAAGUUCGUUCAUCUGUGGCAAUUGCUGGACUUCUUGUAUUCGCCUCAUCUGCAAGUAGCACUCCGCCCAUGUUUUCUGAGUCUUCGGACUGCCCGAAUGCUCCGUACAGUUUGUACGGAUCAGAACGACAAUGCAACGUGACCCCAUCCUGGAACCCCCCUGGUUCUGAGUAUGCAUUGGUUGAAUGGCCGUUCCCAGUUGUCUUGAUCCAAGAUCCAAAUAGCACCUUGAAGGUUGACCUGUCCAACUGUUUCCAGCAGUUCAAUGCGCAACCUUUAGACGACAGUAGGUGCGCAGUAGAAAUCAACAAUGGCAUGUCCGCGGUGCAUUCGACCACAGUUUGCAAUCGACGGCAAUAUUUAAUGUCCCUACAACCAUUCAAGGCACCAGAUGUCUUCUGCGACGAGCUAACUGGUGUAAACAUCGUCCUCAGUACAAGCAAUACUUCCCAUCACAACUUACUGGCUUCAGGACCGGAAACUGGUUCUAAUUUAACCGCUCGUGCUCCAAAUAGUUCAUUGGUUGUGCUGACACGAAUGGAUGCUCGGAGCAUGUUUGAACGUAGUGGAUUCGGUAGCCAAGGUGUACUUCCCGGUGUGGCUGUCCUUUUAUCCACCGCGGUGCAUUUACUUCGUCAACCGGCCUUUAAGAAUUCACAAUUGAAGCGUGACUUAUUCUUCGUAUUUUUGGACAAUGAAGCGUACGACUUCAUGGGAUCUGGUCGUUUGCAUUACGACCUUCGUGAGGAACUGUUGUCUCGGUACACUGGCUACCCACUCGGUUGGGACCAUAUCUACGGUUUGAUUGAGCUGGGCGAAUUGGGUUUGCCAUCAAACAAAACCCAGCCUUCCUAUUACAUGCUUACCGAUGACGCAAUUCGUAACCAAGUAAGGAAUCCGAUGACUUCUUUGAGAAUUUUUUUACUGUUUGGUCUCAUAAAACCUCGUUACUUCAGUCAUACCUGUUGA